CUUGUUAUCAUCGAUGAGCCAGUUCUUGAGGAAGCUGCAUGCCGACACACACACACACACACACACCACUCCGCGGACGGGCGAGUCUUUUGCAAUUUGUGUUGUCUUGCAUGACAUGAGCAUACCAGUGCGGCCCUCUGUGUGUGAAGUAGCGGCACUCGACGGUCUCGCGACACUUCUGUCGGCACUCCUCAACCGUCAGAUUGCUGUCCCUCCAAUCGUGAGAUAUCACACUCCUACACACACACACACACACACGGGCAGCCAGCGCCCAGUGAGAUGAGAGGUGGCAGUGCUCGCCACACCCUCCAUCUCACCCACACAGCGUACCAGAGAUGGUCGAGAUUAUAUUGGUCGCAAGGCCGUCUCUCGUCGAGCGGGCGGCAGUCCCUCGCACCCUUCUUCCCAUGCGCAAUGAGGUCGGCGCCCCGCUCAUCCACCUCGCCAGUCUGCACAACCGCCGUUACGUUGGUGAAGAGGAAGCACUCGGCUUUCCUGCCCUCACACCAACAACAACGAACACACAGAUUAACACUCACACACACACACGUGUUCCGUUCAAUGCAUUGAUGAAUGACAUCCUGCGCGCUUCAGUGCACAACCAAGGUGGAUGUGAUGUGCACUGUCCACAAACCCCCACACACACCAGUCGAAGCUCCAAGCCCUGCAGUCGUCCCUCUCGUCGCAUUUCCGGGCGCAGCCGUCUGUGAUCCACACCCGCCGCUUGCUCUGCGGUUUGCCGUCCAGGUAUGAGCCUCUUAAAGUGGACUGCCACCUCUGCAGUGCACACACAGACAGAACAGACAGGCACAUCAAUCACAUCACAUCACAGUGCACAGGUACAGACAGGUGUGUCAUUUCAUUUGUGCCUGUGAUGGUUGGCUGACUCACCCAGCAUUCACUGUCGAGUUGGUGGAGGGUAGUGGCCUGCUCCACAAAGCCACCGCUGGGAGGCUGAGCAGCAUCAACAACACGCCUCACAAGCAAAAUGGUGAUGCAGCCGAGGAGCCGCUGCAGGCGAGGGAGAUGCCGUCUGCUUGAUCCGAUUGAUCUGCCGCAGUUGAUGAGAGAGCUGCUGGGCAGGCAAACGCUCAGCAUCUGCAGUGGCGUCCACGGUGUAUGUUUGAGAAGCACAGAGCGGUCAUAGAGCCGGCAUAGAUCUUGC